UCCCCCUGGGUUGCCUGCCUCCCUCCCCCUACUGCCUCUAAAGUCCUUCAAGCCCAGCUUAAUGCCAUUUUUUAUAUGAAGCCAUAUGAGACCACCCUCUUUCUUCCAUCUGCUCCCCUAGCACAUGGCUCCCCAUUCCGUUACUUAGGGGACAGAAGACCAUGGUGGAAAGAGCAUGUACUCUGGACUCAGACAGACCUGGUUUCGGGAGAAUGUCCAGGAUGUGCUGCCCACCCUGCCGAAUCCAGAUGACUAUUUUCUCCUGCGCUGGCUCCGAGCAAGAAACUUCGACCUGCAGAAGUCAGAGGGCAUGCUCCGGAAGCAUGUGGAGUUCCGAAAGCAAAAGGACAUUGACAACAUCAUUAGCUGGCAGCCUCCAGAGGUGGUCCAACAGUAUCUGUCAGGGGGCAUGUGUGGCUACGACCUGGAUGGCUGCCCAGUCUGGUACGAUGUCAUUGGACCUCUGGAUGCCAAAGGUCUGCUGCUGUCAGUCACCAAACAGGACCUGCUCAAGACCAAGAUGCGGGACUGUGAGCUGCUCCUGCAGGAGUGUGCCCACCAGACCGCAAAGUUGGGGAAGAAGAUAGAGACCAUCACCUUGAUUUAUGACUGCGAGGGGCUUGGCCUCAAGCAUCUCUGGAAGCCUGCUGUGGAAGCCUAUGGAGAGUUUCUCUGCAUGUUUGAGGAAAAUUAUCCUGAAACACUGAAGCGUCUUUUUGUUGUUAAAGCCCCUAAGCUGUUUCCUGUGGCCUAUAACCUUAUCAAACCCUUCCUGAGUGAGGAUACUCGGAAGAAGAUCAUGGUCCUGGGAGCAAACUGGAAGGAGGUUUUACUGAAGCAUAUCAGCCCUGAACAGGUGCCUGUGGAGUAUGGGGGCACCAUGACUGAUCCUGAUGGAAACCCCAAGUGCAAAUCCAAGAUCAACUAUGGGGGUGACAUCCCCAAGAAGCAUUAUGUGCGAGACCAGGUGAAACAGCAGUAUGAACACAGCGUGCAGAUUUCCCGGGGCUCCUCCCACCAAGUGGAGUAUGAAAUCCUCUUCCCUGGCUGCGUCCUCAGGUGGCAAUUUAUGUCAGAUGGAGGAGAUGUUGGUUUUGGGAUUUUCUUGAAGACCAAGAUGGGAGAGAGGCAGCGGGCAGGGGAAAUGACAGAGGUGCUGCCCAACCAGAGGUACAACUCCCACCUUGUCCCUGAAGAUGGGACCCUCACCUGCAGUGAACCUGGCAUCUAUGUCCUGCGGUUUGACAACACCUACAGUUUCCUUCAUGCCAAGAAGGUCAGUUUCACUGUGGAGGUCCUGCUUCCAGACAAAGCCUCAGAAGAGAAGAUGAAACAACUGGGGGCAGACACCCCCAAAUAAUGCCUCCUCCUAUAGCAGGCCUGGCCCCCUCAGUGUCUCCCUGCCAAUUUCUAUGCCAUGUAGCGGUCAUUUCCCCACAUCCCUGCAGCCCAAUGAAACUGGGCUGAAGGAAAGACCUCGGGCUGGAUCUGGGGUGCUUUCAUUUCAGAAUUAAGAAGAGUGGCUGGAGUGGAGUCUCCUUGCCUCAAAUUACCAAGGAGUCCCCUGGGCUGGUCACUGUGAUAGGCUCUACCUAGAAAGUAUGCCAACUUCAUUUGUCUAAUGGCAGUUAAGAUAGGGAGGGAAGAAAUUAGAAAAGGGGAGAAAGAUUGAGACCUAACACUUCAGGGAAUUCAGAUGCAGGGGAGGAACUUGCUCCCAAAUGAACAUGUAAGUUUAAAUCACAAUGAGGAGUAGCAAGGUAGCUGGUUGCUAGAGUUAUGGUGGGGGUCAGAGUCUUCCAAACUUUUUAUCACCGAGACUGGGCUAUGGCUUUUCCCAUGUCUCAGGAGGUGCCCUGAGUCAGCACAUAUCUUCCCACUCAGGGGUAGGCAGGCAGGCCUCUCCCUUACCUACAGAACCCCAGCAACUUCUGGGCCCCACUGCCUGCCUCUUUAAUUACUAACGAUUGUUAGUGACUCAGAGUUUCCUGGGUCUUCUGGUACUCACCCACUGUUCUGCAAUGGAAACAAAGCACAAGGGAAAUUACCUCCAGGGAUCACAGUUCUGGGAAGGGCCAGGGAGAGAACCCUAAAGGGGGGGGGUCUUCCAGUCCCCUUUUCAGUGCUACCGGCUUCUCACCAAGUAAUCUUCCAUUUGAGCGCCCCAAACAAAAAUGAUAAGUAGGAUCAAGGAGCAGUGGCACUCAGAAAGGGUAUUUCCCAGUCUAAGUCUCCCACGUGACCCACCAACCUGCUUCCUGGCUGACCCGAGCGAGGCCUUGGCAGUCCCAUCUCCGUGGGAGGCAUAAAACGGGUGCAGCAGGUUCCUAGUGCCUGUCGACAGAGCCAGGCCAGGAAGUUGCCCAGGCAGGAGGCCAAAGGUAGGACCAGCAUCUCGCAGAACCAGGGGCUGGGGACGGCCACAGCCAGCCUCAAAACCACAAAACAUGCCCUGCGAACGAACCCCAGGUCCUGGGCUGCACUGAACACGGGAAGACGGCCCCAGGCCUCGCGGGGGUUCCAUUCCCGUAAAACAGGUUGAGAAGCUCGUUUCGCGAAGCUGAGGGAGCUAGGGGCAAGGGCAGAGUUAGCGAAGACCCAAGUGCCAAGGCCGCACGGGCCUCAGCCGGACCGCUCAGGAGGAUAUCCCGGCCUUGGUUUACAACGCUUUAGGAAAAUUAGCCAAUGAAUAAAGCAACAUUCUGUGC